AUGGCACUGAAUAAUAACCAAUCAGUGUCAAGCCUUGAGGCCGAAAUCGCCCGUGAGGACGAGCUCAGGGAUGCAGUAUAUAGAUUUAAUGUCCGACCUAUAACUGGAAUUUUACACCUUGUUUCGGUAUUAGGUGCAGAUAGAUCUCCACAGUCAAUUGCGCACAUUAUGCAUAUGAUGAACGGAUUAGAGGGAACGAAAAUAGGCGAAUACCUAUCAAAACCAGAAAAUGCGGAAAUUUUACGAUGCUAUUUCAGAGAAUUGGAUCUCAGAAAACCAUUUUUAGAAUCGAUGCGCGUCGCUCUUUCUGGAAGAAUGCAACUUCCACAAGAGUCUAAUGCAAUAGAUCAGUGUUUAACCAUUUUUGCAGAAAUUUAUUGUGAGCAGAACACAGAUACAAAGUUAGAUUUCAACUCGGCUAAUAUUUUAGCGGUUUCUGUAGUCAUGCUAAAUACAGAUUUGCACAGUCCGAAUAUUCUUCGAAGAAUGACUCCGAUUAAUUUCAUAAGUAAUAUUCGAGGUUGCUUAAAUCAGGAAAGUAUUUCAGAUAUGGAACUCGUCGCAAUGUACAACGAUAUAAAAGAGCACGAAUUUAUGUAUAGCGGAAAAUCUAGAGUAACGCUUGCAUUAUGCGCCCCAGAAAUUAAAGGGUGGCUAGCCAAAAAGCAGGAUUCUUGGAGAAGCUAUUGGACGCAGCACUUUUUCGUUCUUACAAAUUCUUGCUUGUACUAUUUCCCAAAGGCAGGUAACGACACUGAUCCUUUAGGAAUUAUUCAGCUUACAGACGUUCAAAUUACCGAACAUGAUCCCGAAAAGCAUAGAAUACUUAUUGAUGCAGGAACAAGAGAAAUACAAUACGUUAAAUUCCAAAAGCGCCGCCCAACAAGAAUUGGCGGAGUUAAGCGUAUAUUCUUAGAGGUUAGAGAUGGAGACUAUCAUAAAUGGUUCUAUAGAAUUCGCCAAUCUGUUGUUUAUUCUAACUUUAAUAACCAAUCCAGCGCUCAUAUGGGAAGAAAUUCAGUCGAUCCAACAAUGUCUGGAACUGAUGCGGAAUCUGAAGUUGUUCAGAUUUAA